UGGUUAGCAAUGAUGGCUUGAGAGAUUGCGCUUAGGACGAUUAUAAGCAAUUUUUAAAUAACUUGGUCAAAUUUGUUUACCGAUUUGUUUAAUUAGUUUAAUUAUUGUUAAUCUCGUUCAUCAAAUAUCAUGGCUCGGCGUUAUGAUACCAGGACUACUAUUUUCUCACCUGAAGGGAGGCUUUACCAAGUCGAGUACGCUAUGGAGGCCAUUGGUCAUGCAGGUACUUGUCUUGGAAUUUUGGCUUCGGAUGGUAUAGUUUUAGCAGCGGAAAGGCGAAAUACUAACAAAUUGUUAGAUGAAGCAUUCUCAGCUGAGAAAAUUUACAAGCUUCAUAAUGAUAUGGCCUGUAGUGUUGCCGGUAUUACUUCGGAUGCCAAUGUUUUGACCAAUGAGCUUCGCCAGAUUGCUCAAAGGUAUCUUCUCCAGUAUGGCGAAAGUAUACCGUGCGAACGAUUAGUUAGCUGGCUUUGUGAUAUCAAACAAGCUUAUACUCAAUAUGGUGGUAAAAGACCAUUCGGUGUUUCCAUUCUUUACAUGGGUUGGGAUCGUCAUCAUGGAUUCCAGUUGUACCAGUCUGAUCCUAGCGGUAAUUAUGGUGGUUGGAAAGCUACCUGCAUUGGUAACAAUAGUGCGGCUGCUGUUUCUAUGUUGAAACAAGAUUACAAAGAAGGACAAACGAAUCUUGAUCAAGCCUUAGCUCUCGCCGUAAAAGUGCUUAGCAAAACCUUAGAUAUGAAUAAGCUUACUACUGAUAAACUGGAAAUUGCAACUUUGACCCGAGUGAACAACCAAACGAAAAUACGUGUUCUACCUCAUUCUGAAGUCGAAGAAUUAAUCAAAGCUUUCGAGGUAGAAGAAGCAGCUCGUAUCAAGAAGGAGAAAGAAGAGAAGGAAAGAAAGCAACAGAAAGAAAAAGAAAAAUCAAAGUGAUGAUUUUUUACUAAUUUACUCUACCUAAAGUUUCUUAUAACAAUUAAAGAUGAAGAUUUGUUAUAAAUUAAAACUAUAUCAUUUUUAUGAUUUCAAUGGCUAUUUAAA